CACCCUGCUGCGGGCCACGAUUGUAAACUCCUUGAGAGCAGGCACUGUGUUUGCCUAAGUGUCCAGUAGAGUGCUCUGCACAAUGUAGAGGCUGUUGAUGGAGAGGAGAUCUUUCGUUUGAGGCUGAUGAGCCUGAUCCUGAUACCAGAAGGGAUUUUUUUUAAUGAGAGAGAGAAAUAAAUAAUGGCCACAGCUACUGGGGAUGUACCUCUUCCUUCAGAAUCGGGAUUCUCCAAGCUGCAGUUUGCCCCGUUCAGUAGCGCCUUGGAUGCAGGGUUCUGGCAUGAGCUUACCCAGAAAAAGCUUAAUGAAUACAGACUGGACGAGACUCCAAAGGACAUCAAGGGGUACUAUUACAAUGGUGAUUCUGCAGGCUUGCCAGCUCGCUUAACAUUGGAGUUCAGUGCUUUUGAUGUGAAUGCUGCCACUCCAGCUCGCUGCUGUCCAGCAAUUGGAACUUUGUAUAAUACCAACACUUUAGAGUCCUUCAAAACCUGCGAUAAGAAGUUACUUCUGGAAAAAGCAGCAAAUGAGAUCUGGGAAUCCAUCAAAUCGGGGGCUGCACUUGAAAAUCCUGUGCUCCUCAACAAGUUCCUCCUCCUGACAUUUUCAGAUCUAAAGAAGUACCACUUUUAUUACUGGUUUUGCUACCCUGCUCUCUGUCUUCCAGAAGCUGUACCUCUCAUUCAACAGCCAGUUGGCCUCGGUCAAAGGUUUUCUCCAAGUCAGAUCCAAGCACUCGAGUGUGCAUAUGAUGAUCUUUGCCAGGCAGAAGGAGUCACAGCACUGCCUUAUUUUUUAAUCAAGCAAGAUGGAAACUCUGUGCUGGCCUCUUCACUCAAAAAUUGGAAUGCUUUUUUCCAAGAUCAAAGAAAAAAGGUCACAGUUGGAGUUUAUGAUCCCUGCAAUUUAACUCAGUAUCCAGGAUGGCCCUUGCGGAAUUUACUGGUCCUGGCAGCACACAAAUGGAGUAGCCACAUCCUGACAGUUGAAGUUCUUUGCUUCAGAGAUCGGACCUUGCAGGGUGUGAGGGACAUCACCCAUAGCAUCAUCUUUGAAGUGAAGCUUCCACAGAUGGCAUUUAGCCCAGACUGCCCAAAAGCUGUUGGGUGGGAAAAAAACCAGAAAGGAAGCAUGGGCCCCAGGAUGGUGAAUCUGAGUGAAUGUAUGGAUCCUAAAAGGUUAGCGGAGUCCUCAGUGGAUCUUAAUCUUAAACUGAUGUGCUGGCGCUUGGUACCAACUUUGGACCUGGAUAAAGUCGUGUCUGUUAAGUGCCUGCUACUAGGAGCUGGUACACUGGGCUGCACUGUAGCUAGAACUUUAAUGGGCUGGGGAGUCAGGCACAUCACCUUUGUGGACAAUGCCAAGAUCUCCUACUCUAAUCCUGUAAGGCAGCCUCUGUAUGAAUUUGAAGAUUGUCUUGGUGGUGGAAAGCCCAAGGCCCUGGCCGCAGCAAAUAGACUCCAGAAAAUAUUCCCAGGUGUGAAUGCCAGAGGCUUUAACAUGAGCAUUCCCAUGCCGGGGCACCCUGUGAACUUCUCCAACGUAACCGUGGAGCAGGCUCGGAAGGAUGUGGAGCAACUGGAGAGGCUCAUCGAGGGCCAUGAUGUUAUUUUCCUCUUGAUGGACACCAGAGAAAGCCGGUGGCUUCCUGCUGUUAUUGCGGCAAGCAAAAGGAAGCUGGUCAUCAAUGCCGCUUUGGGGUUUGACACAUUCGUCGUCAUGAGGCAUGGCCUGAAGAAACCAAAAGAGCAGAGUACUGAGAAUGAAGGCCUCACCUUGCCCUCUGGUUCUGCUGAUCUCCUGGGUUCAUCACUCUUUUCCAACAUCCCUGGGUACAAACUUGGCUGUUACUUUUGCAAUGAUGUGGUGGCACCCGGAGAUUCAACCAGAGACCGGACCCUGGACCAACAGUGUACAGUCAGCCGGCCAGGGUUAGCCAUGAUCGCUGGAGCCUUGGCAGUAGAGUUGAUGGUUUCUGUUUUACAACAUCCAGAGGGGGGCUAUGCCGUUGCUAGUAGCAGUGAUGACCGCAUGAAUGAACCUCCCACUUCACUCGGACUUGUGCCCCAUCAGAUACGAGGAUUUCUGUCCCGAUUUGAUAACGUCCUUCCUGUCAGCCUGGCCUUUGACAAGUGUACUGCCUGUUCUUCUAAAAUUCUUGAUCAGUAUGAACGAGAGGGAUUUCAUUUCCUGGCAAAGGUGUUUAAUUCCUCACAUUCCUUCUUAGAAGACCUGACUGGUCUCACUUUGUUACAUCAAGAGACUCAAGCCGCAGAGAUCUGGGAUAUGAGUGACGACGAGACUGUCUGAAGGUCGUGGGGAAGGAAUGGGUGGCGACCAACUGCAAGCUACCAACCAGCUGACCCGAUAACCAGCACCCUGGCUUGGACUUGGGAUUGAGUGGCUGGUUGGUCUCCACUCAACGAUGGGCUCCCCCUUGGGGCCCCCAACUUCUUCGCGUCAGAUCCGACCUGCUUGAGGCUAGGCAGGGGUCUUUUGCAGCAGCAGCUCUCCUACUGUCUCUUUCCUUCCUCUCUGAUUGACUUCCCCGCUCUCCCCCCCCACCCCCACCCCGAGACUGGGGGUUUCCCUCGCUCCCAUUCCUCACUUUCCUGUCAGUCUAGAGCUAAGUGCGUCCAUGGGUUUGGCCCGGUCCCGGGAAGGAACUGGACCCUUGCAUCUCCCCUUUCUCAUGCCUGGGUGAGAACGGGCAGUUCAGGGUCCACGGGAUGGGCGGCCCAGAUCAGUGGCCUCCAGGUGCAAGCACCCUAAGGGCUCCAGAGGAAAGGUCGUCAGAGGAUGCCCCACCCUGUGCUCCAGAGUAAUUCCUCACCCUUUGCCCUAAGCCUUCUCCCACCUUCCAGGACCUCCAGAAAUUUGGAUUGGCAUCGGGAAGGAAAAUGUAACCAGAACUGUUGCUUCUUCCAUUUGUUUCGGGGCAGGCCCCGGUGGCCUGUCUUCCACCCACAGCCCCAGGUUUCUCAGAACCUGGACUUGGGAAUGCUGGGAGCCAACUGGGAGAAAGAGUCACCUGAGCAAGAGAGUGGUCCCUUUUGGGGAAAGAGUCCACAGGGAUCUGGCAGGACAAGAGCUUCACUCAAUCGUUCUCCCCCCGACACACACCCCUCCCUCCUCCCCUGAACCGUCUGUCUCCCUAGCAUGAGACGGCCCAGCUCGGGGCUGCCGGAGAAGUUGUCUCAGGAUAUGGGAUUCCCACUCUAUCACUGGGAGCCUGGGUUGGGGUGGGGGCGGGGGAUGGCCCAAGCAAGGGGGAGAGGGCCCCACCCAGAAGCACUGGGCCAUCCAGCUCUUGGGAGGGAAGGUGCCCUCCCUCUUCCUUGCCACCCUUUCCACCGGUAACUAGUGGAGGAUUCUGUCAAUCCGCUGCCUUGUAUACAGUCUGCUUUAUAGGCCUCUCCAAGAAGACCCGAGUCCGGUCCAGUUCCUUGCCGCCGGCCCCGUCGCUCCCCCUUUCCUUCCUCCUUGCGACCGCCUGUCUUUGAGGGAAGCUGCAGGCAGGCCAACCAGGCAUCCUCAUCCUUUUGUGAGUUGCCAAGAAGAGGCACCGCGCUCAGGCAGGGCCCUGGGAGGGAUGGGCUCGGCAUGUGGCCAAGCCAACUCUGGGAGAGAGCGCCUGAAAAAAGACAGUUGCUCUCUCUGUGCAUGAGAAAGCAAAGACCCCUGAUUAGCUAUCAAACUGGGUUUGAGGGGGAGUUUUCCGAUUCUGGGACUUCUCUUCCCAGAACCCACUAUCUGCUGUGGGACUUUCCCAGGCAGUCGCUGGGUGGCAAGAGCUGCCUCAGCCCCAGCCUCUGCCUUUGUCCCUGCCUUAGUGUCCCUGCCUCGGCUUCAGCUCUUGCCCUUGCCUCAGCCUCAGCUUCUGCCCCUGCCCAGCUCCUGCCUCAACCUUAACUUCCUCUGUCCCUGCCCCUGCCCCUGCCUCAGCUUCUGCUCCAACCCCCUCCUAUGCCCCAGCCCCUGCCUCAGCUCUUGCUCCUGCCUCAGUCUCUGCCCAGCCUCAGCUCCUGCCUCUGCCCCUGCCCCAGCCCCUGCUUCAGCUUCAGCUCCAGCUCCUAUUUCAGCCUCAGUUCCUGCUCUGCUCCUACCCCUCCUGCUGUCCCUGUCUCUGCCUCAGCUCUUGCCCCUGCCCUUCCCCCUGCCCCUGCCUCAGCU